AUGGCAGAGGAAGUGAACGUAACAUCCGUUCAGCAACUGGAUCACGAAUUUCAAAGCUUACUGGAUUCUAUCGAUAAGCUUGCCCUGACGAAAACUGAAUUGUACAAAAUAUUUUCUCCGUUAAGAUGGCACCUAUUUCGGAACUACUGGAUUAAGAGAAUCAAGAUAAUUGUUUUGGUUAUAAUAACAUCAAUCGCUAUUUACUAUAUUCCUGUAUUAAAUUGGAACGCAUCAGCUGUUGGGAAACUGGCAAUGAUUCAAAUUUUACCAUACUGGGACUGGCGAUCACAUUACAAAGAUCGAUGUUUAGUGAAAAAUUUGCCCUGGCAACGGACUCACGAAGAUGGCAAAUUAUUUCGUACGAUGAAUCUGCUAGCUGAAGAUUGUAACGUUUGCGAGGCAGUAGACUCAAUACCAUCGGUGAAUCAAGUAACAUUCGAAUAUCUGAACGAUCAUCAUCUAUUAAGAAAUGUACCAGCGAUUGUUUUAGAUUCUCAUCUAAAGUGGUUCGAAAGAUCAUCGUCAAAUGUUACCGAAUUUAUUGAAGCGAUCGAGCCGCUGUUGCUGUCAAGACCUUGUAAUAUACAAUCGAAUAUGUUAUUUAAUGGUCACAGUUCUAGAGAAAUUGAUAAUGCACUUAUUACACUUUACGAAAUACUUCUUCGUUCGGAACCAAACGAGUCUUGGUUUGUGCAUUUCAGGAAUUGCCAGCUGUCAACUGUUAAGCAUACCAGGCGUUUACUAGAAAGACCUUACUUUUAUGCGGCUCAUCUGGAAAUGCCGUAUACUACAUGGUUUUUGUUGUCAAACAGUUACGCGACCAGGUUCUGGAAAUCACUGAAACUGGACGGACUUGUCAUCGUCAUGCAGUUGAAAGAAUCAUUGAAGCUCGCUUUGAUACCGAAAGGAAAAUGCUACAGCAUUUGCAACAGAUUAGAAGCGGAAUUGCACGAAGGACAAUCGUUGGUGUUUUCGACGGACUUAUGGUUAUUCGAAUACUUACCUUCUGACAGUAAUACAAUGGCUAUUACUUUUGUGUCUGAAACGUUUAAGAAAUAA